AUGAUUGGGACAGAAGGCAGCAACGCCACUGCCACCGUGUUCAUCUUGGUUGGAUUCCCAGGUCUGGGAGCCGCUCAGUUCUGGCUGGCGUUCCCCCUCUGCUUCCUGCUCCUGCUGGCUGUCCUGGGCAACUGCAUCAUCGUCUACAUCGUGAAGGUCGAGCGGAGCCUCCAUGAGCCCAUGUACCUUUUCCUCUGUAUGUUGGCAGCCAUUGACACGCUGAUAUCCCUGGCCACCAUGCCCAAAAUGAUAGCCAUAUUCUGGUUCAAGUCCACCAGCAUUGCCUUUGACGCUUGCCUGGUCCAGAUGUUCUGCAUCCACAGCCUGUCGGGCAUGGAGUCCACCCUCCUGGUGGCGAUGGCUUUCGACCGCUAUGUCGCCAUCUGCUACCCGCUGCGUCACGCAUCCAUCCUUACCGUACCCAGGAUAGCUAAGAUAGGACUGGUGGCCAUAAUCCGCGGGGCGGCCUUGAUGGCCCCUCUGCUGAGCAUUAAGAGGUUUCCCUUCUGCCGGUCCAACGUUCUCUCCCAUUCCUACUGCCUUCACCAGGACAUGAUGAAGCUCGCCUGCGGCGACAUAAAAUUCAACAUCAUCUACGGACUGAUUGUCAUCAUUUUUGCCAUUGGGGUGGAUUCGCUGCUCAUCUCCUUCUCGUACUUCUUCAUCCUGAAGGCGGCCUUGAGUUUGACCCACGAGGCACGUCUCAAGGCCCUUGGGACCUGCGUUUCGCACAUCUGUGCGGUCUUUCUGUUCUACGUCCCCUUCAUUGGUUUGUCCAUGGUGCACAGGUUCAGUAAGACCCACGGUUCCCACGUCCACGUUAUCAUGGCCAAUGUGCACCUGCUGGUGCCUCCUGUGCUGAACCCCUUAGUCUAUGGGGUGAAGACCAAGCAGAUCCGUCUCAGGAUAGGGAGGGCUUUUGGCAGGGUCACACCCUGA